AUGAACUGUGCAACUCCCUGCAAGCUGCACACGCAACUCAGCUCAGAAUGGUCCCCGGUGUUGAAGCAGCGUCUGGAAGGUUUGGCGGAGGUGAAGACGUGGUACGACACAGUCAAGUGCGGGUCGAACGUGUUCAAGACGCCGGCAGCCUUCCCCCCGAACUUUUGCCGCGUCGCGGCCGCGCUCAAGAAGCGCCUUGGGCUGCGCUGUGCCGGCAGCCUCCUGGACUUCGUGAGCUUCUUCGAGUUCAACCGCCGCCGCCCCAUCUACCCUCUAGCCUGGCACAGUCACACGCAUGUCAACCUCUUUGGCCGGCCGAUCGCUCCCUACAUCCUGGAGGCGGACGCUCUUCUGAGGCACAUCGGGAGGCGAGCCGAAGGGGAGGAGGAGGCGGAGGGAGGCGACAGCGGCAAGAAGCCCGCCGAGGAGGUGAACAACACAACUUGCUGGGCCGAGCUCUUUCGCAAGCGCGGCUAUGACGACGAGGACUGA